AUGAAUGAAUGGCGUAAACAGGCUGAGACAGAGAGUGCAGCUGAGAAGAUGAUGACUCAGGAGGAAUUAGAGCGUAAAAAGAAGAAGGAAGAAAAAGCUAAGGAGAAGGAGCUUAAGAAACUUAAAGCUGCUGAGAAAGCUGCCAAAUUCAAACAGCAACAAAAUGAUUCUUCUACUUCUAAAAAGAAGAAGAAUGCCAGGAGAGAUGCCUCCGCCGCCGAUGACAAUCCUCUGGAUUAUGAAGAUCCACCCACUCCUUUUGGUCAAAAGAAGAUACUUUCAUCUCUAAUGGCUAAACAGUACAAUCCGACUGCUGUUGAGAAAUCAUGGUAUGACUGGUGGGACAAGUCUGAAUACUUUGUAGCUGAUGCUAAGAGCUCCAAACCCCCUUUCGUUAUUGUGCUUCCCCCUCCAAAUGUCACUGGGGCUCUUCAUAUCGGCCAUGCCCUUACUGCUGCCAUAGAGGAUACGAUCAUUCGUUUCAAGAGAAUGUCAGGGUUUAAUGCCUUGUGGGUGCCUGGUGUGGACCAUGCUGGGAUAGCCACGCAGGUGGUUGUAGAGAAGAAGCUAAUGCGUGAUCGCCACUUAACCAGACACGACCUAGGACGUGAGCAAUUUGUAUCCGAAGUUUGGAAGUGGAAAGAAGAAUAUGGUGGUACCAUAUUAAAGCAGUUACGCCGGUUGGGUGCAUCUCUCGAUUGGUCACGUGAGUGUUUUACAAUGGAUGAUAAAAGAUCAAAGGCUGUGACAGAGGAAUUUAUUCGGUUAUACAAGGAAGGUCUUAUCUAUAGGGAUAUUCGGCUAGUAAAUUGGGACUGCACCUUACGUACGGCUAUAUCUGAUGUCGAGGUAGAUUAUGUGGAUAUCAAAGAAAGGAAGUUGCUAACUGUUCCUGGAUGCAAGGAGCCAGUGGAAUUUGGUGUUUUAACCUCAUUUGCUUAUCCUCUUGAGGGAGAUCUGGGUGAAAUAGUGGUUGCCACAACUCGGGUGGAAACCAUGUUGGGUGAUACGGCUGUUGCCAUACAUCCUGAUGACCCAAGGUACAGUCAUCUGCAUGGAAAAUUCGCGAUUCACCCGUUUAAUGGAAGAAAACUUCCAAUAAUUUGUGAUGCUAUUCUUGUUGAUCCUAAUUUUGGGACUGGUGCUGUUAAGAUCACUCCUGCACACGAUCCAAAUGAUUUUGAUGUUGGGAAGAGACACAAUCUGGAAUUUAUUAAUAUCUUCACUGAUGAUGGGAAGAUUAAUAGUCUUGGCUCUGAGUUUGCAGGGAUGCCACGGUUUGAGGCCCGCGAGGCAGUGAAGGAAGCAUUACAGAAAAAAGGAUUGUAUAGAGGAGCUAAAAACAAUGAGAUGCGACUUGGUGUCUGUUCAAGAAGCAAUGAUGUUGUAGAGCCAAUGAUUAAACCCCAAUGGUUUGUCAAUUGCUACAGUAUGGCAAAGCAGGCUCUUGAAGUGGCAACGGAUGGAGAAAUUCCAAGGCUUGAAUUUAUUCCAAAACAAUAUUUGGCUGAAUGGAAAAGAUGGCUUGAGAAUAUACGUGACUGGUGUAUCUCAAGGCAACUUUGGUGGGGCCACCGGAUUCCUGCUUGGUAUGUUACACUUGAAGAUGAUGAAAUAAAGGAAAUUGGUGCCUACCAUGACCACUGGGUUGUGGCUAAAAACGAGGAGGAGGCUCUAGCAGAUGCUAAUCAGAAAUUUUCUGGGAAGAAAUUUCAGAUUAUCCAGGAUCCAGAUGUACUGGACACUUGGUUCUCCUCUGGUUUAUUUCCAUUAUCGGUGUUGGGGUGGCCAGAUGAUACUGAUGAUUUAAAAGCGUUUUAUCCAACUUCAAUUCUUGAAACUGGGCAUGAUAUUUUAUUCUUUUGGGUUGCUCGGAUGGUGAUGUUAGGCAUUAAACUGGGAGGUGAUGUACCGUUUAGGAAGGUUUACCUGCAUCCUAUGAUUCGGGAUGCACAUGGCCGUAAGAUGUCAAAGUCUUUGGGAAAUGUUGUUGACCCACUUGAGGUAAUAAAUGGGAUAAGCCUCGAAGGCCUGCACAAGAGGCUUGAGGAAGGUAACUUGGAUCCAAAAGAGCUGGUUGUGGCAAAAGCAGGGCAGAAGCAAGACUUCCCUAAUGGUAUAGCUGAAUGUGGUGCAGAUGCUCUUCGAUUUGCUCUCGUCUCCUAUACAGCUCAGUCCGACAGAAUAAAUUUGGACAUUCAACGAGUUGUUGGAUAUCGUCAGUGGUGUAACAAAUUGUGGAAUGCUGUUCGAUUUGCCAUGAGUAAACUCGACACUGAUUACACCCCUCCACAGACAUUACUUCUGGAAGCCAUGCCUUUAAGCUGCAAGUGGAUACUCUCUGUACUUAACAAGGCUAUAACCAAAACUGUUUCAGCUAUGAACUCUUAUGAAUUCUCAGAUGCUGCCAGUGCUGUGUAUUCAUGGUGGCAAUAUCAGUUUUGUGAUGUUUUUAUUGAAGCAAUCAAACCUUACUUUUCUGGUGAUGGGUCAUCAUUUGCCUCUGAGAGGAGUUUUGCACAAGAUACUCUGUGGGUAUGCCUGGACAAUGGACUGCGAUUGCUUCACCCCUUAAUGCCGUUUGUUACUGAAGAGUUGUGGCAACGCCUUUCUCCAGCCAGGGGCCAUAAAAGAAAAGAGUCGAUUAUGAUAUCUGAAUACCCUACAGCCGAAGAUGCCUGGACAAAUGAAGAGGCAGAACACGAAAUGGACCUUGUUGAGUCUACUGUCAAAUGCCUAAGGUCGUUGAGGGCUAAGGUGCUUGGGAAGCAAAAAAAUGAAAGGCUACCGGCUUUUGCUUUUUGCCUAAAUGAGGAUAUUUCGAAGAUCAUUACAAGCUACAACUUGGAGAUUUUAACUCUUGCAACUUUAUCAACUAUGAAGGUUUUAUUGAGCGAGAAAGAUGCCCCUCCAGGUGGAUGUGCAUUUGAGAAUGUUAACGAGAAUCUUGCAGUCUAUCUUCAGGCUGAAGGAAAAAUUGACACAGAAGCAGAGCUUGAGAAGAUGAGAAACAAAAUGGACGAGAUACAAAAACAACAAGAGAAAUUGGAGAAGAUGAUCAACGCAUCUGGCUAUAAAGAAAAGGUGCCCUCCCACAUUCAGGACGAGAAUGCCGAAAAGCUGACCAAACUAUUUCAAGAAAUGGAAUUCUUCAAGAAAGAGAGUGAACGGCUGGAAGCCGAAAAGAGCACAAAACGCCUACGAGUUCAGAAUAGGAGAGGGAAGAAAAACAUAGUCGCUGCAUUGUCAAGAAAUGCUGAAUCAAGGGCUCAAAUGGUUGGGAUUUAG